CUUAUUCUUAACUCCGCGCUCCUGCAUCCUCCUGGAGCUCCCGCAUUUUUUUUUUCUUCUUCUUCAGAUUCUGCUGUCAUCCCUCUGGCUUUUUUUUUGUGUGUGUGUGUGUGUGUGUGUGUGAGUGUAUGUCUUUUUUGGUUCUUCACUCGAAAAUGCCCCGUUAAUUUUCCGCGCAAAAGUUAACGAGGAUUAACUCAUCACCCCUGGACGCCGCUGUUUGCAUGGGGGUUUUGGGGAAGGCGUUGGGGGGAGGAGGAUGACACUCUGACAUCAAGGUGCGCAUCAAUCUGAUGCUUCCUGUAUCUGCUGCUGCUGCUGCCGGGAACUCAGAGGAGUGACAAAACAGGAACGCUCGGACUUUUCAGCAAGUUCUGCUGCGAACGGCAAGAAUUUGUUUUUCUUUCUUUUCUUUUUUCUUUUUUUUUUAAUGGCAAGUUCUGCCUCUCUGGAGACGGUGAUGUCCUGCGGGAGGACCGGGCCCUCCGGGGCUCCGAAGAGCCUGGCCUUCUCCAUCGACAGGAUCAUGUCCAAGAGCUCGGAGCCGAGGAGCGGCGCGGAGGAGCGCUCAGAGGGGAAGAAGUUGCUCGGCCUCUGCUCCCCCAUCCCCUGCAUGAUCCCGCUGCAGCCGUUCAGCUACGACCUGCAGGCCAAGGCGCUGAUGAACUACUCGGAGCUCUGGAGAGCCAGCCUUAGGGGAACGUUCUGUGGCUCGGCGGCCGCACCGUGCAAAGGGAACUGCGGCGUGUGCGCCAGAGCGGACACCGCGUUGAAGCAACCGGUGCCGACCACCGGCAGCAGGGUGGUGAAGCCGCAGGUCAUCCACCAAGCCGUGGCCGUGCCCAGCGUGGGAUCUGUCUACUACCUGAAUUACCUUGACUCUGCGUACCAGCAGUCAGAGCUCCUGGCGGGACACUGGCUCUCCACCCCCCAGGCCCAGGCGUCCCUGUCGGCGCACCACAGACUCUUGCUGCUAGAGAACGCCAAGCUCGCCGGCGCCGGCUCCGAGAAGCUCCCCACUCCCCAGUACCCACACAAGGAGCAUCUGCCGGGCCAGCUGGACCAGAUAGUGAAGGAAAACCACGCUCUGAUUGGCGAGAAGAACGGCGUCAAGACGCACAGCAAGCUCAGUUCCGGCGGCUGCAGCGCGGACGGCAAGCACAAAAACUUCACGUGUGAAGUUUGUGGGAAGGUUUUUAACGCGCAUUAUAACCUGACCAGACACAUGCCGGUGCACACCGGGGCCCGGCCGUUCGUGUGCAAAGUGUGCGGCAAAGGCUUCCGACAGGCCAGCACGCUCUGCAGGCACAAGAUCAUCCACACUCAGGAGAAGCCGCACAAAUGCAACCAGUGCGGCAAGGCGUUCAACAGGAGCUCCACGCUCAACACGCACGUGCGCAUCCACGCCGGAUACAAGCCGUUUGUGUGCGAGUUCUGCGGGAAAGGUUUCCACCAGAAAGGGAACUACAAGAACCACAAGUUGACGCACAGCGGGGAGAAGCAGUACAAGUGCUCCAUCUGCAACAAGGCCUUCCACCAGAUCUACAACCUGACGUUUCACAUGCACACGCACAACGACAAGAAGCCGUUCACCUGCGCCACCUGCGGCAAAGGAUUCUGCCGCAACUUUGACUUGAAGAAGCACAUCAGGAAGCUCCACGAGAGCGGCUUUUCUGCGGUCUCAGAGGCCCUGAGGGAGCCGCAGAGCUGAGGUCUGCCGGGAGGACGGGGUCACCGUGACUAGUGUUCUUGGGAUGAAAAAAAAUAUAUAUAAAAGAAUAAAAAAUAAAUCCAGGCCUGAGGUGAGAAAGCCCGCUGAGACUGGACUCAAAUGGGCGUGGCGAGUCUUAGGGGCCCCUGCACUAACACAGAGGGAACGAAUGAGCCGACCGGACCCGAGGAGCUGAAAGGAACGUUCUUUUCUUUGUCAUCUAGAAUUCUUCCUCAUGUACGUGGAACGCAGGGCCGAACCACCAGACCGAUGAACACAUCGGGUCCAAAAAAAAAAGUUGCUAUUUAAAUAUGAGUUGCCAUGUUAUGUAUUUUGCUGGAAAGUGUUAAUGUGAAUAAAUAACUUAUAACUUAUAACGAGA